AUGAUCCCGGUACUGGUAAUAUUCUCACAAAGCCAUGUUGACUUUCGAAAACCGGAAUUCGAUGCAAUUUGCUCUAUGUUUUCAAUUGAAGUGAACGGUUCUGAUUCAAUUAAUCAAGAAAGCCACGUGUUUGUUCUUCAUUUCGAAAGUUAUCUAGAAGUGAGCAAGCUGUUAUCAAGAUCAAUUCUCAUCAAGUUCGCAAUCGACAUAUCAAUAGAAUCAGAGUCAUAUGAUAAUCUUUAUCAAAAAAUCAAUGAAAAUCCGGAAAUUAUUGAGAAGUUCGAUGUUCCGGAAAAAAGCUUCGCCUUGAGAUUCUUCGCAAUCGGUCGAAAAAAGAAAUUGGAUAGUAUGGAACGGAUCAAAUUGUUCUUAGAUGCCGUUCCGUUCAAAAAUGCUCCAAUUUCCCUUCAAUCUCCGCAAAACGAGCUGUAUUUAGUGGAGGAAUACGAGAACCCGACGGAUACAAGUCCAAAGAAAGUAUAUUUUGGAAAACUUAUUGGAGAAGGUCGAAGCGAGCUGAAAACAAAAUACAAUUUGCGGGAAAGAUGUUACAUUGGAAACACCACGAUGGAUCCAGAGUUGUCAUUUAUUCAAGCAAAUCUUGCAAUGGUUCAACCCAGAAAUCUCGUUCUCGACCCGUUCGUUGGUACUGGUGGUUUGAUUCUUCCCGCUGCAGAAUUUGGAGGAUUUGUCAUGGGGACUGAAAUCAAUUAUCAGACAGCAAGAGCAAAAGGGAGGUCUUCUCGACAAGGUGUGGGCGAAAGGGACGAAUCGGAGAGCAUCAAGGCUAAUUUUGAGCAAUAUCACACGGAGGAUAAACUUCUCUCAAUCCUGAUCGCCGAUUCGAGUAAACAUGGAAUCUGGAGUUUGAAUGCACAAUUUGAUGCGAUUGUAGCAGAUCCGCCCUACGGAGUCCGAGAGAAAGCCAGAAAAACGGUGAAGAACAAAGAAGUCGCCAAGGAUGUAAUACAAUACCAACAGAAAGAAGAGUAUGAUCUGGAAUCUGCGUUUAGUGACCUUCUCAACUUGUCAGCUCGGAUUCUUGUCAAGAACGGACGAAUCUCAUUUUGGUAUCCAGUGAUCCUCGAAAAUUACUGCGAUGAGAACCUACCCAAUCAUCCUGCUAUGAAGUUGAUCUCGAACUGUGAACAACCUCUGACGCGAAAGACUAGCCGCCGCUUGUUGACCUAUCGAAAGAUUCGUGAACCUGUCGAGGAUGAAGUAUGCGAAAUUCAAAAAACUGGAGUCAGUCACUAUCGGAGUGUUCUUUUUACUCCGAAUAAAGCUUGA